CAACGCAUCUGGCAAGUUCAAGGUGUGUUCCCGUUGACUCAGCUGAGUGGGCCGCUGAAAAUUCUAUUUAAAUCUCUCUGGUGUAAGUACCGUGGUCAUCAUAGCUUCAGUUCGGCAGAGCAGCGCGCGCCUGCAACGAAAUAACAACCGCUAAGAUGUCGAUUGUCCCCAUGAUGUUCCGAGACUGGUGGGACGACUGGGAGCGUCCCUCCCGCCUCCUGGACCAGCACUUCGGCAUGGGUCUCAGGCGGGACGACCUCCUCAACUACAUCUCCACUUUCCCCUCAACUUCCCUCAGGAACUCCUACUUCAGACCCUGGAGAACCAGCCUGGCUAGACAGGAGUCCGCUUCUACGAUCAACCUGACCAAGGAAAAGUUUGAAGUUAUCCUUGACGUCCAACAAUUCACGCCUGAAGAGCUCGUGGUCAAAGCCUCCAACAACUCCAUCUUAGUGGAAGGCAAGCACGAGGAGAAGCAGGACGAGCACGGCUUCAUCUCCCGCCAGUUCACACGCCGGUACAUCCUCCCCUCAGGGUAUGACGUCAACGACCUCGUCAGCACCCUCUCCUCAGACGGAGUUCUCACAAUCACAGCCCCUAAAAGACCACCACCUAACGCCGGAGAACGUAUAGUCCCCAUAACAAAGACAGGACCAGCUAAACAGCCCGAAACACCGAAGGUCACCGAACAACCAAGAGAACAAACAGUCCCCAUUGUGACCUCCCCUUAACGACCAUCGACAAACGAUCGAAGCAUAAAUAGCAUUUAUUUUUAAGCCGUUGUUGGCCAAUAACGAGACACGAUUCGAAUUAACGAAUUACGUUUUCAGAGAAAUGCAACAAUAACAUCUAUUCUACUAAUAAAGUUUAGUAGAAUUAUUUAUUAAGUAUAUAUAUUGAAUUAAAUUAUUUUCUUUUCGAAAA